AUGUCUUCAAAGAAAAUUAAUUUUUUGGAUUGCGAUUUAGUAAAAAUCGGAAAUGAAAUGAAGGAUAUUCUUGAUAAGUGCAUUGAAGAUGGUGUAAACAACAUUGAUUUGACUAUUUGUGGCAUACUUGUUGAAGAAGAACAUGAAAUCAGAAUCACGAAUCUAGAACAGAAAGAUAAAGGAAAAAAUUUUACUAGUGUGUCACAGUCUCCAAUAAAUUCUAGCAGUAUUUCUGAACAGAUAGUCUUACAAAGUGAGGAUGCUCCAGCAUCUGAUAUAUCUGAUAAUGCAUCAAAUUCUGAUGUAUUAUCAACUAUGCCAACAUCUCCAGUUUCUAAUAUUGACAUGUCAGAAUCUUUGGACUCGAAAACUGUGAAAAAGCUUUUGAAUCACAAUCAAGAUAAAAACCUGGAUAAAUCACACAAGAAAAAAGGAACAGAGGAUAUCGUUCAAGUAAUAGCUAAUGGUAUUCGGGAUAAUAUCCUUUUAGAUGAGUCAGAGGUUCGAAAUGUUCUUACUAUCUCUUACAUCAAGAAAGAUCCGGAAUUCUCUGAGUAUUGUGUCCAACAGUUGCAACAAGUAGGAAUAGGUAAAUGGACUUCAAAGUCUAUUUGUGGAUUAUUAAACUUAUCAGCAAACGUUGAUCCUCCCAGUAAUUUUUCAGAUAUGAGUAACACGUGGGGGGACUUUCAAAUAUGGACCAACAACAAAGAAUACAGAGGAUAUAUCCACAUUCCCAGUUUUAGUGUUAGUUGUGACACUGGCGGUCAUAUCAUCAGUGCUAACCCUAAGGACCCUGAUUACAGUGAUCAACACAACCCAACUCGAAAUCCUGACAAAGUCGUAAAUGCUAUUGGUAAUCCCUAUGGAUUUACAAAAGCAUGGCCACUUUAUCAAGUUGGUGAUAUUUAUAUUCAGGACCCAACAUUUAACGGGAUUAGGUGGACAAAAAUCAAUGACAAUACUUGUUUAACAAUCAAAGAUGUUAGGUCUAGUCGGUUAGCUCAUGAUGAACGAGUGGUUCAAUAUAAAUUAACAGGAUACGAUGCACCAUUUAUUUUCGCUAAAGUUGAUAUGACAGUUUGUUGUAAUCGGCAAGUUUCUGUAAAAGUCCAUCGUACUGUUUUCCCGCAAACUCGGCUUUACAUUAAUGGUGUAUGGAAAAGUGUGCAAGCACAAACUGAACUUGGCAAGUUUAUUAAAUCUGGAGGUGAGAAGUUAUUUCAAGAUGGUUAUGGAUACCAUGCUCCUGACG